AUGAACACCACCAUCACCUCCGCCAUUAAUUUAUUGCGUGAACAAACCCGAAUAAUUGAUUUGACGUAUCAACAAAAUAUUGACCUAUUAGAAAAUUAUUUUUCUAGUUUCAGAGGUCCCUUACCAAAAGUAAAUGGGAAAAAACUAUUUGGUUUAGUAUUUAACCAAAGAUGCGACCAAGCCGGUAUAGCGAUCCUGCCAAAAGAAGCUGGUGAAUACGUUAAAGUUGAGCUCUGGAAAAGCUCGGGACCUGCAGAACGAUACCAAUGA